CAGAGCAGCACCGGCAAAAGAGCAAAAACCUCCCCCCCCCCAAACCGAUCAAUAAAAGUGCAAACCAGCAACACACACACCCGCAGCCGGCCCUCGCUCCCCCAUCCCAGUAGAACGGCCGCUCUCGCCCUCAGCGAUCUGCCGCCAUGGUCCACCCCGUCCCGCUAAUGAACUCAAAGUCCAUGAGGAGCCGCAAGGUCGACCCCAAGAAGCCCCUGCCCGUCUUCCGGGCCUCGGAGCUCCAGGACCUGGACGUCGCCUCGCUCGCUGCCGCCAACGUCGCUGCGGUGGCGACGGGUGUCGAGAAGGAGGAGGAAGAGGAACAUCACCUGCAAGCCGCCCUGAGUGCUCACUCGAGCUCCUCUGGUGUUGCUGCUCCUGUGGUUAUCCCAACCCCAGAUGCUUCCAAGCUCGCGCCCGACUUUGAAAGAUACUAUUCACGCGACUACAAGCAGCCGCCAACGCUCAUACGCUAUUCGGCGCUGACAGAGGAAUCCGCAGAAUGCCCAUACAACAUCGACGAAGCCGAUUUCGAGUGGCUGACACGACACAACGAGUCCCUGGCUGCAUCGGACCCCAAAUCGCAUCGAGUCACCGAGGACGAGUUUGAACACAUUGUCUGGACGCUGGAAAAAACAGCCUCAGAGAAGCUCAUGAUUGUCGCGCCCUCUCUUUCCGAGGCCGAGUCUGCGCUAUCAUCCAGCAUUCCCGCCUUGCACAGCCUUUGCCGCUCGAGCAUCCCGUCUAUAUUCGAGCACUGGAGCCAACGGAGGUUUAUUGAUCGCCAUGGCAAGCCCAUCCAGCCGCAGCUACGGCUCGAAGAGAUCGGACUCACCGUCGACAUGGACCCGUAUGUCUGCUUUCGGAGACGCGAGAUCAAGCCGAUGCGCAAGACACGCGCUGGAGACACAAAGUCGCUUGAAAAGCUCAAGAAACUGCGCGAUGAAAUGCAGCGGUCCCGCGAGAUCCUGGAGCUCGUGGCCAAGCGCGAGCGCAUGAGGAAGGAGAGUCUUGUGCUGGAGCACUUGAUCUUCCAGCAACGCGUCCUCGUCCGUACGCUCCGGAAAAAGCUUGGCGUUGGUCUGGAGGAGCGCGCUGAAGUGGCAUCGACCCCCGAGCAGAUCCACCGACUCAAGAAGAUGCGCAAACUCGAGGGGCUCGAGGACACUCGGACCCCAACGAAAAUCAAAAUACCGUUUCCCAAGCUCAAAGACCUCACCUCUCUGGCAGAUGCACCGGAACGAGCCGCGGAGAUCGCACACCGAUCACCGACAUCCGUCUCGGCGCACACGGUAUUUGUCAAGCAAAAGAAGGCAAUGGAAGAAAAGGCUGGCUGGGUCGAUCUCACAGAGCAAUAUCAUCCACCGGCGCAUCCGCUAUUGUCCGACGGAUAUCGAUUUCUGGAUGAGAAUGACGAGCCGAACAAGCACCGGACACACCGGACCCAGGAGCGGCUUAUGGGGCGGCGGCGCAUCGGACGAGGCGGCCGUGUACACUUUGAUCGCGUGCGCUGCCGACCCUACGAGCGCAAGCAGUGGGACCUGGACGAGAACCAGCCUGUUCCGGACAUUGAGAACAAUCUUGAUGAGGGCGACAAGUCCAGCGAUCCCGAUGCCGACCUUGAAGCAUCGGCCAAAGUCCGCUACCCUGCCCUCGGGACGUACAAUCGCUUCCGCUUCGACUCGGACGAAGGGUCGGCUGACGAGGACAUGGACCUUCUUGAGGACUCAAGAAUUCUGGCCUAUCGCGCGACGAUGCUGUCCGAAAGCGACUAUCGGUUACUGCAAUGCAAGCCAACGUUCCCGGAGCAGAUCAAUCCGCAACCCGCCCUCGGACCUCGAUCCCAGCUUGGUCACCAUGCUCCAGCGAGUCUUGCACCAGCAAACUCUCCAAACACAUCGACUGCUCAAAUCGCCAGUGAAGGCGACAAACCUGGAACAGCGGCCGGGGCGCCUGUCUCUACCUCUGCAGGAGCAGCAGGCGCGGGCAGCGAAUCUGGAACAGCGCUGGCGCCAGGCCAGGCGGCUGCUUCAAAGGACCCUGCAACAGCGAGCGCGACAGCAGCGACAGUCUCUCCCUCUGCUACUCCCAAAGCCUCACGGCCCCCAAAGAGCGCCGGUACGGCGCCGGGCGACGCACCCCCAGCCAAAACUGCGUCUGUUCGGAAACCUAAAAGCACCGAGACCACAUCGGCCCAAAAUGCAAUGCUGAAGGCCAUGAUCAACCAGGCCAAGCUCAGCGCUCAGAAGAAUGCGUCCUCUGCGGCAUCUGUCGCAGCCUCAACUCCCGACGCAGAGCCCAACUUGGGCACUGCCGUUAGCACCAGCGCCUCCGAGUCAUCCCCAGGUCGUCCCAAGACACUCCUGGGCCCCACCAAUGUUGCCAGCGUGAUCAAGGCCCGCGCGUCGAAAGCAAGCGUUUCUUCGGCUGUUGCUGCUGCCGCUGCUGCUGCCGCGGCAUCAACUCCCCCCGUGCGCAUGUCCGCGGUCAAGCAGGAGGCGAUCGGCGAUGCCAUGCCGUCCAACACCGCCGCCUCGGUUUCAGCGGCUAGCGCUACAUCAACACAAGCGAAUGGAACAUCAACUGCAACCAAUAUGGGCACACCGAACGGCACCCCCAGUCAUCCAGCAAGCGGAGGCGCUCCGGGGACGAGUGGCGCCCAGACUUCGGUCUCUAGUUUGGCCCAUGGCAUCGCUGCGUUUGCCUCCAGUGUCCCAGCCAAGGCUCAAAUGUCGUCUCCUAAACCGUCACCCACCCCGUCAAUGCGCGCACCCAUGGCCACGGCAGCGCAUUCGAUCACUUCAUCUGGCCAGGAAGCAGGGCCCAUAGCGUUUGCCUUGCAAGCGCUCUCCAACUCGGCGCACACAUCCAAUUUCAGCGGAUCGACCCUGGGCAACGGCCAAUAUGCAACCCAGACAUCAAGUUUACCAACGGCGCAGGCACAGGCACUGCAGCUCCAAUUGAAACAGCUUCAGCUCCAGUUCCAGCUCCAAAACCAGCUCCAGGCGAACGGAUCGGCACUCAACCCCUCGAUACUUCAGCUGCAGUCCUCGGUAGCACCGCAGGCUCACCCAAGCUUGCAAAACACCACCUCCAGUCUCUUUGCCCAAUUCAAAACCCAGGCGCAAGCGCAUGCACAUGCUCAAGCCCAAGUCCAUGGGCAAACGCAAGCCCAGGUCCAAGCACAGGCCUUGCAGUUGGUCGGAGAAGAGGCAGCCGUCGGGACCCCAUCCCCGGCGGUUGUUCAGGCUACACAGCUGCAACGAUACUUGGACAACGACGACGACGACGACGGCGGCGGCCACUAUCCUGCCGGGCGAUCCUGGGGCCGAUGA